AUGGCGGCGCCCGGACCUGUGGGCCGCACCGCCCAGCGCUUGGAAGGGACAGUCUCCAACGAGUCGUCCAUUACUGCCAGGACGCAGGUGCCCGUAGUGUCUCCUGAGUCCCUCGAUCUGCCCGUCUCGCCGGUGCAGGUUUCGGAGCUACCUAGCAAGAACCUGUGGGAGCAGAUCUGCGAGGAGUAUGAAGCUGAGCUUCCUCCCUUUCCUGAAGGAUAUAAAGUCAAACAAGACGCUGUGGUUACUGUGUUGCCAUUGGAGGAAAUGGUUUUCCAUGGCUUCAACGCAGAACACCUUUAUCCAGUUCCUCGUUUAACCAUGGCCUCACAAGCAUCCUGUUCUCAAGUGAAACGGGAAACAGUUGACCCAAAAACAUGUUCCCCCAAAGAGUUUUUGGAAAUGUUCAUCUUUCCAGUUCUGCUGCCCGGAAUGGCUAGCCUGCUUCACCAAGCAAAGAAAGAAAAGUGUUUUGAGAGGAAAAGAACCAAAUUCAUUGCCUGUGAUUUUCUGACUGAAUGGUUAUACAAUCAAAAUCCAAAGAGGAUAGGGGAGCCGUUCACAGAAUUCUUCUCCAUUCCAUUUGUGGAAGAGUGGCUGAAACUGCACCCACGGCCAGCAAUCCCACUCUCCCUCCUGCUGACAGAAUCGGAAGCAGCACUCUGUAUUCAGUCCUUCUGGAGAGCCUAUCUGGUUCGCUGCGAUCCUGAGAUUCAAGAAUUGCGUCAGUGGCAGAAGAAGCUGCGAGAGGACAAGCAUAUUCGCCAGCGAGUCAAAAUCUUCUGGGCCAAACAAGAACAAAAAGUGAAAUGCAAAAUGGAGGAUGAGGAAGAGGCUGCAGCUAAGACUCCACAACCUUAACAGCUGUCGGCGUCUCUCCCACUCUAAGCUCC